AUGGAAUCCGGCGAGCCUCCGGUGAGCGAUAAAAGACACUUGAUGAUUGGCGGUGAAAGGGACUUGAGAAAAUUUACAAGAAAAGACGGUAAGAAUACAAAAUCGGGGAAGCUCCGGGGCUCUUUCUACGAUGCUGUUGUUCGGGGAUUUGUUCGGGGGCCUCGACCAAGGCGCCGGAAUCGGAAGCGAACAGUCUCGACGAGGAUGAAAGAGUCCGUCGACUGA